AUGGAGCUGACUUCUUUGAACUGGAAGUGGAUUGAAGGACUUCAACCUGAAAGGCGACAACGCAUUUUGCAAUGGCAGUUGCAAGCAAGAGAGCCAAUUCGCAGUUUUAAGGACAUAAAAAUUGGCGAUCAUCUUGUCAUAAAACGUUCCUUCCUUAAUGGGCUGAUUCCAUACGAGCAUCAUUUCCUCUGCAUCGGCAACGACGAAGGCAAGCCAAAGAUUACCCAUUACUAUAAUACCGCGUGGCACGCACUCAAGCAGUUGUUUCCGGAUAGCCUCGGCUGUGGAUCGGCCAUUGAACAACUAGGAAUCGUUCAAGAGAUGACCCUUCCACACGAAGACUUCAUCAAGAGUGAAACUGAACUUCAAGCAGAAGGUAAUGGAGUAGAAAGAAUCGUCUGGCCAGAGGAACUACGGCGAUACUCUGCAGAGGAAGUCGUUGAAAGGGCUGAGAAAAGGAAGGGAGAAAAAUGGUACGACUUGGCGAAGAAUAACUGCGAAACUUUCGUCAUGUGGUGUUUGUGUGAUCUACAAAUAAGUUUUCAAGUGACCACCGCCGUUCGAAAAGCGCUCGAGCUAGGUAGUGCUACAAUAAAAGCUCUGAGACAGGCCCUUCAGCAAGUUCCAAAAGUGCUUGUUGAACAGUUUGGCGACGACCUUUUUCUCGCGAUGAUGCAGCUAAUAAAGGCAAAUCCCGUUCAAGCGGCUCUUCCCGAAGGAAUUGGUUUUUAUGUCGGGGCGGCGUUGUCUAUUUUCAUAGAAUUUUGUCUGGCUUAUAAUGAAAUUACGUCAGCUUAUCAAAAAUGGAAGGAGGGAAUUAUCAUAAAGACCAGAGAGAAAUUUAUCAAGGCAGUUAUUGAUAGUGUUCUGUCAGCUCCUUUGCGUGCCGCCGGAAGCAUUGUGGGAAUAAUGUUUGGCCAGACCUUAAUCCCUAUCCCAGUCCUUGGUACCAUCAUUGGACCUGUCCUUUGUGCUUUAGCAGGCCACAUCAUCUCAAAAAUGCUCACUGAUUUUGGCUUUACAGAAUGUCUUGCUCAAAUGAUCGACUACAUUUUGCCUCCAGAUAAACCGACUGAUAAACUGGAUUAG